AUGACUGUUAGUGAGUAUGAAAAAGAUUUCAUCAGACUGAGUAAGUAUGCCCGGGAAAUAGUGCCUAUAGAGGAAGCCAGAUGUAAGAAAUUUGAGCAGGGUUUGCAUAAUGACAUUAGGGUGCUUUUGGCAGCCCAUCCCAUAAAAGAGUUAUCUGGUCUGGUAAACGCAGCAUUGAAUAUAGAUAAGAUAAAAGAAGAAGAACAAAGCUGGAGACAGGAAGGACAACAGAAGAGAGGGCAAACCCAUAUACAGGGGCAAUCCUCAGCCUCUCAAGCACCUAUUAAGAGACAAAGGGGUACCCAACCAUCAGGGCAGAGUCAAGUACAAAGACAAAGGCAGCCACUAGCGCAGAGUUUUGCAGGAAGGUUUGGGCAACAAACUAGUACUACCGUAGCCAGUUCAAGAGGCGGAGGCAGGGGACAAUACCCUAUAUGUGAGCACUAUGGUAGAAGGCAUUUGGGACCCUACAGAAAACUAACAGGGGCAUGCUUCAGGUGUGGAUCUACUGAGCAUCUUAUGAGAGACUGUCCUAGGGGACAGGUAUCAUCAGCAACACCUGUAGAGAGGCCUAUUCCUGCCGGAUCUAGAGGAAGAGGAAGGGGUAGAGGUAAUCAAACAGGGGCAGCUUUAGCCAAUCAGAGGGUGUCUGAAAUAGUAGAUAGACCAGACUUCAGAACACCUGCUAGAGCCUAUGCCAUCAGGGCUAAAGAGGACAGAGACUCCCCAGUUGUGAUUGUUGAUAUAUUCUCAAUCUUUGAUAAACCUGUGCAUGCAUUAAUAGACCCAGGAUCUACAUAUUCAUACAUAUGUUUACCCAUUGUUAAUGAGGGGAAAUUACAAGCAGAUUCUCUAAACCAAGAUAUAAUAGUAACCAACCCCCUUGGUCAUAGUGUGAUAGUGAGUAAAGUAUAUAGGGAUUGUCCUAUAUCCAUCCACGGUCAUAUUUUCCAUGGUGAUUUGAUAGAAUUACCCUUUAGAGAAUUUGAUGUAAUCCUUGGCAUGGAUUGGUUAUCUAGGCAUCGGGUAAUAGUGGAUUGCAGAUCAAGAAGAAUUACAUUGAAAACACUUGUAGAUCAUGAUGUGGUAGUUGUAGGGGAGAGAUCAGAUUACCUGUCUAAUAUUAUAUCAACAGCUACAGCUAGGAGAUUAAUCAGCAAGGGUUGUGAAGCCUACCUAGUCUGUGUACUUGAAACUAAAAAGGAGAAUCCAUGUGUGCAUGACAUAUCCACAGUGUGUGAUUUCUCUGAUGUUUUUCCUGAUGAUCUUCCUAGGUUACCACCAGAGAGAGAAGUGGAAUUUUCCAUAGAUGUUAUACCAGGCACCGCACCUAUCUCUAUUGCUCCUUAUAGGAUGGCACCUACUAAAUUAAAAGAGUUAAAAAUACAAUUACAAGAAUUGCUUGACAAGGGUUUCAUACGACCUACUUUCAUGGAUCUGAUGAACCGCAUCUUCCAUCCCUACCUAGAUCAGUUUGUGGUAGUGUUCAUAGAUGAUAUCUUAAUAUACUCAAAGACUAAGAAAGAAUACGAUCAACAUUUGAGGAUAGUAUUACAGACUCUGAGAGAGAAACAACUUUAUGCCAAGAUUAGUAAAUGUGAGUUUUGGCUAAAUGAUAUAUCCUUUCUUGGGCAUGUUGUGUCAGCUGAAGGAAUUAGAGUAGACCCUAAAAAGAUAGAAGCUAUCCUUGAGUGGAAACCACCUAAAAACGUAGCAGAGAUUAGGAGUUUUCUGGGUUUGGCUGGAUACUAUAAGCGGUUUGUAAAGGGAUUUUCAAUCAUUGCUGCCCCGUUGACUAAAUUGUUGCACAAGAAUGUUAAGUAUGGCUGGGAUGAAAAAUGCCAAAAGAGUUUUGAAAAGCUUAAGAAGAUGCUUACACAGGCACCUGUCCUUACACAACCAGAAUCAGGUAAAGGUUUUGUGAUCUAUAGUGAUGCCUCACAUAAUGGACUGGGUUGUGUACUCAUGCAAGAGGGGAAGGCUAAUCUGGUAGCAGAUGCACUUAGCAGGAAAUCCUUUGCUGCUCUAAGAGCUUUGAAUGCUCGCCGAUCUUUAGCUAAUGAUGGUGCUAUCAUCGCAGAACUAAAGUUUAGACCCAAUCUACUUCAACAAGUCCAGGAAGCACAGAAAGGGGAUACUGAAAUAGCUUUGUGGAUAAGAAUAUCUGUACCUAAUGUUUAUGACCUGAGGAAGAGCAUUCUGGUGGAAGCACACAGUAGUUCAUAUGCUAUGCAUCCUGGUAGGACUAAAAUGUAUCAAGAUUUGAAACUGCAUUAUUGGUGGCCAGGUAUGAAGAAAGAUAUAGUUGAAUUUGUGGCUACAUGUCUGACUUGUCAGCAAGUGAAAGCUGAGCAUCAAGUUCCAUCUGGUCUUUUACACCCUAUUUCCAUACCAGAAUGGAAGUGGGAUAGGAUCACUAUGGAUUUUGUUGUGGGAUUGCCACUGACACCAAGAAAAAAAGAUGCCAUAUGGGUGAUUGUAGAUAGAUUGACUAAGUCAGCUCAUUUCUUGCUAGUGAGAACUGAUUACUCAUUGGAGAAAUAUGCAGAACUAUAUAUCAAUGAAAUAGUUCGAUUACAUGGAGUACCUCUUUCCAUUAUUUCAGAUAGGGACCCGAGGUUCACAUUUAGAUUUCGGGAGAAAUUGCAUGAAGCACUGGGUACUAAGUUGAAAUUUAGUAUAGCUUUUCAUCCUCAAACAGAUGGGCAAUCUGAAAGGGUAAUUCAAACACUGGAAGAUAUGCUUAGAAGUUGUGUUAUUGAAUUCGAAGGGAGCUGGGAAAGAUACCUUCCAUUGGUUGAAUUUGCAUACAACAACAGUUAUCAAGCAAGUAUCAAAAUGGCACCUUAUGAAGCAUUGUAUGGAAGGAAAUGUAGAACUCCAUUGUGCUGGACAGAACUCAGUGAGGCUAAAUUGAUAGGUCCAGACUUGGUGAGGGAAAUAGAAGAGAAAGUUAGAAUUAUCAAGGAAAGGUUGAAAGCAGCUUCAGAUAGACAGAAGUCUUAUACAAAUUUGAAGAGAAAAGAUAUAGCAUAUGAAGUUGGAGAUAAAGUGUUUCUUAAAGUCUCUCCAUAG